UGUUGCUGGUACUGUAGAGGCCUCUGUUAUUGUAUCGGAGGCAGAAAAGAUGCGUUCAAUGUGCCUAUGAUUUAUCCGCAAUGGAAAACAGCAUCAGCAUCAGAAUCAGAAUUCCCGCACGGGAGUAUAAACAAUCUAAAUUAAAACAGUUUGAAAUAUGCGCUGCUCAAAUUAGGAACGCAACCGAACGUUGACGCGGAAAAAUGCUUUCAUUUUUUACAAUAUUACGUUGAGAAUAAUAUUUGCACAAAACCAAAAAAAAAAAUUAACUGUUCUAUAUAAUUAAAAAAAAAAAACAAAAUUCGGUGAAAAUUUUCAGUAAUUCAGAAAAUGAGUAUUGGGAAAAUGCUGAAGAUAAACGCGAGCAUACGACAUUUGCGCAAUACGACAUAGAAAUUCUUAUACGAAAAUUGAGGUACAGAAUGCGAUCAGCUCGCAAGUGAAAUUAUUUUCUAAAGAAAUGUAUACAGAAUUAAAUGUGAAAAUAUCUUAGAAAAAUCUGCUAAAGUGUAUGUAAAAUAAAAUCUUAGAAAAGUGUACCAAUCAAGUGAAUAUAGUCAUAGUAAAUACAGAAAAUUAUUACAAAAUUAACUACAAGGUGUGCGUCGAUAUGAAGAGAAUUUUUAUAUAACGCAUUUGAAUAGAAAAAGAUAUAUACAAAAUCGAAGGUACGAGUAAGAUUUACUGCUGUCACAAUUGUUCUGGAAGUACAUACGAAUCAGUACUACGAAAUGUCAGAAUAUGUGGGAACUGUACCAAAAUUUCACUCUCUAAUACACUGAGCUACACUAAUGGAAUACUCAACUCAAACGAAGAUACAUUUUUCAGUAUUUAUUGUCACCAAAUAAAUUUUACUUGCGUAAACUCUUGCAGAGCACAUAAAUCAAUCAAAAAUGUAGAAAAAAUUAAUGACAUACACAAAUGAAUGGUCCAGAAAAUCCUAAUUAAAACAUAUAAAUUCAUUCAUUUCCGUUUGUAAGGUGAUCAACUUUGCAAUAAACGAUCGAACAUCAAAGAUCUCACAAUAUAAUAUCAAGGAAACUUAGGCAAGAACAGAUAAGUACAUAAAAAAACACAUGUUGCUGCUGCUCUUAUAUAUUUCAAAUACAAAUCCACAACAACUUUUAUAUACAAUAAAUUAAAAAGGAAUAGAAGUUUCAAAUUAAAAGACCUAAAGUGGAUUUCCGGUGAAUCAAAUCACACAACAAAAAUCUAAGCCAAAUCGUACGACGAAACCAUACACUGAACACAUGUGUCAACGUGUACACUGUACCCCUUACGAACAAACAUAAACUCUUAUAAAUUACCACACAGCAUAGAUACAUACAAAAGAUACUUCUCAUAGUUUAAAAAUAUAUACUGCGACCGAUAUAUACUUGCCGCGUGGCACGCUAAAAAUGGCUGGAACACUCGAGCAGUCUGCUGCAAGCAAUAACAGCAGUAAUAGUGAUAGUGCACAUCACUGGAAGAGAUGCAAGCAUUUAAGCAACGGUUGCAUUGCAGAUAACAGGAACAGCUACAGUCAGAAACCACAACCGCACAACAUAAAUUACAAAAAUAAACUACUGGAAAGUGAAAGCGUUGGUGCAAGCUCCUCUGUGACCGUAACACACGUCACACUGAAAAUGUUGCUGAUCUGCGCGCUCUUAUUUUGCUUGCUGCACGCACCCACGAAUGCAUUGGCUCGUAAGCCCACAUCACAAGAACUGGGCGACGAUGAGUUUAACAUGGAUCUACGAAAACGCAAUACACAAGCAGCAAACAGCACGGAGUAUGUAGAACAGGAGAAACCGACAGAAUACCCGCCGCGUUUCAAGAAUCCAAAAGUAUUAAGCAAUAUAUUGGUGAAGCCGUCUGGUAGUUUCAUACAACUGAACUGUGCAGCAGUAGGAGUUCCGGAACCGAACAUAACGUGGACACGUAAUAAAACUAUAAGCCUACGCUCAUUUCAAGGUCGUAUCAAGCGAAAUAAGUGGUCAAUCAUUAUAGAGGAUCUGGUGCCUGACGACUCUGCUGAAUAUAGCUGCAAAGUGUGUAAUUCCUUAGGUUGUAUAGAGCAUAUCACGAAACUAAUUAUAAAUGAUCGUGUCAAUCAUAAGCCCAUAGUAUUGACUGCUCCAGCAAACUUGACAAUUCUCUUGAAUGGCAGUGGACAAAUGGAAUGCAACUAUUUAUCCGACUUACACAGCAAGAAGGCAUGGACAUUUACACCAUGCAAUAGUUCUGCUGGUUGCUCUGUGAAUCGUACAUUUAUUAAAGAAGAUGUCGAUAUAUUGGAAUUUAAAAAUGUGACAAUGGAAGAUGAAGGUUGGUAUACUUGUCUUGGCAUAAAUAGCCUGGGUCAGACCCAAAGUAGCGCAUAUCUGCGCGUGGUAAAUGGUUCGCAAUUGGAACCUAAUGUUACAAUGGUCUCCAAAAUUUUACGUGGAAGUGCCGUUUGGAUAAUUAUUGGUUUUACAAUAUUGCUAGCAGCACUUCUAGCGAUAUUUGUAUUUUAUGUAAAUCGCAAAUCGAAACAUGAGAAACUCCUCAAACAACGCAUAGAAACCGUACAUCAAUGGACAAAAAAAGUUAUCAUUUAUAAACCUUCUAGUGGGGACUCUAGCAGUUCGAUGGACACAAUGAUAAUGCCUGUUGUUAAAAUUGAGAAGCAACGCACCACGGUAUUACAAAGCUCCAACGCUGAACCAGCACCAUUCAAUGAAUAUGAAUUUCCGUUGGACUCUAACUGGGAGCUACCAAGAUCACAACUUGUAUUGGGCGAUACACUCGGUGAAGGCGCUUUUGGACGUGUAGUAAUGGCCGAAGUAAAUAAUUCAAUUGUCGCCGUUAAAAUGGUGAAAGAAGGACACACAGACGACGAUAUUGCAAGCUUGGUACGUGAAAUGGAAGUCAUGAAAAUAAUCGGAAAGCAUAUCAACAUUAUUAAUUUGCUGGGUUGCUGCAGCCAAAACGGACCACUGUAUGUUAUCGUUGAAUUUGCACCGCAUGGUAAUCUCAAGGAUUUUCUUUACAAAAAUCGUCCUGCUUCUAUGAAAGAAUUUGCAGAUCAACAGAAUUCACCAAAGCAUUACCUUACUGAAAAACAUUUAAUAUCAUUUGCUUUCCAAAUAGCACGUGGAAUGGAGUAUCUGGCUUCUCGGCGUUGCAUACACCGUGACUUAGCAGCGCGUAAUGUGCUCGUCAGCGAUGAUUAUGUUAUGAAAAUUGCAGAUUUCGGUUUGGCACGCGACAUACAGGUUACAGAUUACUACCGAAAAAAUACUAACGGCCGUCUCCCAAUUAAGUGGAUGGCGCCAGAGUCGUUGCACGAUAAAUUUUAUGAUUCCCAGAGUGAUGUCUGGUCUUAUGGCAUACUGUUGUGGGAAAUAAUGACUUUUGGCGCGCAACCAUACCCAACGAUUAUGUCAGCAGAAGAAAUCUAUAACUAUCUGAUGUCUGGUCAACGUAUGGAAAAACCUCCUAAAUGCUCGUUAAAUAUUUAUAUGCUGAUGAGGCAAUGCUGGCAUUUCGAUGCUUCUGCACGCCCUACUUUCUCCGAAAUUGUUGAAAAUUUGGACAAGUUAUUACUAGCGAACGAGGAUUACUUAGACGUUGCUAUAGCCAACUUAGAGACACCACCUUCUUCGGGUGAUGAGGGAUCAGAUGUGGAAUCAACUCGUUAUCAUUAUAAAUAGACGAAGCAAAAAAAAAGUGGAUAAAUAAAUUGGCAUAUUUGCACUGCGGGAAAAGGUGAAAAACUAAAAGUGUAUAGUUGUGUAAUUUUCAAAGACGCAAUUUAAAUUGUGAUGGAUUUGAGUGUGGUGGAAAAUUAAAAAUUAUGUGAUCACCGUAUUUGCACUAUGGUGAAUACAAAAAAGAAGUUAAAAUUAAAGUAUAGAGUGCUUCUACCAUUGAGGAAUUGUAAAUAAUUUUUUAUAAGCUUAAUAAUAAUAAUUAUUUUAAUAGAAACUUUAAGGUGUUUUAGCAAAUAACUGCAAUUUAAAAAUAAUUGCAAAGAAAAAGUAUUUUUAAAGUCUGUUAAAUGUCUCUUGUCAUUAUAAUUUACCAA